AUGCUCAUCCAACAGGGCGUCCACUACGCCAAGUCACCGAUAGGUACCAACACCGGUCUGUAUCACGGUCAGGCCCAACCAGUGGUGGUCACAACGGUGCUCGUGACCUAA